AUGAUUGCGCUAGGAUUGGCCUGUGAGAACGUAGCUAUAGUUGUUAGCGCGCUAUGGAUAGGUCUUUGGCUCAUUAUCUGGGCCAUCACCAACGUCACUACGUCCUUCUAUGACAUUGAAAUCGCGCCUGCGUUCUAUCGAUGGGGUUAUGUGUGGCCGCUACAUUCGGCUGUCAAAGGCAGUCGCCAGAUCUUGUUUGGACUACACUUACGCAUCGGCCUGGACUUUAAAAUCCUCAUCGCUUGGGAUGCAGUCAACACGGCCUUCUUCCCGCUCUGCUGUUGGUUUAUGAGGUGGAAGAAGCAGAGGGGUGUGACGGGGUAUUGGGAAAGCUAG